AUGAAUUUCUCCAAGACACAAACACGACCUACUGGACUCCCCAGACACAAACACGCCCUACUGGACUCCCCCAGACACAAACACGACCUACUGGACUCCCCCAGACACAAACACGACUCACUGGACUCCCCCAGACACGAACACGAUUCAUUGGACUCCCCCAGACACGAACACGACUCAUUGGACUCCCCCAGACACGAACACGACUCAUUGGACUCCCCCAGACACAAACACGACCUAUUGGACUCCCCCAGACACAAACACGACCUAUUGGACUCCCCCAGUCACAAACACGACCUACUGGACUCCCCUAGACACAAACAUGACCUACUGGACUCCCCCAGACGCAAACACGACCCACUGGACUCCCCCAGACACAAACACGACCAACUGGACUCCUCCAGACACAAACACGACCCACUGGACUCCCCCAGACACAAACACGACCUACUGGACUCCUCCAGACACAAACAAGACCUAUUGGACUCCCCCAGACACAAACACGACCCACUGGACUCCCCCAGACACAAACACGACCCACUGGACUCCCCCAGACACAAACACGACCAACUGGACUCCCCCAGACACAAACACGACCCACUGGACUCCCCCAGUCACAAACACGACUCAUUGGACUCCCCCAGACACAAACACGACCUACUGGACUCCCCCAGACACAAACACGACCUAUUGGACUCCCCCAGACACAAACACGACCUACUGGACUCCCCCAGACACAAACACGACCCACUGGACUCCCCCAGACACAAACACGACCAACUGGACUCCCCCAGACACAAACACGACCCACUGGACUCCCCCAGUCACAAACACGACCCACUGGACUCCCCCAGGCACAAACACGACUCACUGGACUCCCCCAGGCACAAACACGACCUUCUGGACUACAUUGAUCUUAAAAGUAGCACAACUAGAAACUCUACUGAACUUACAUGGCGUUUGAAAGGCACCUGCAGCUAG